AUGGUCCUCCACAACCCCAACAACUGGCACUGGGUUAAUAAAGAUGCCUCUGGCUGGGCCAAGGACUAUCUGAAGCAGAACCUCUGUGUUCUGACCGCGGAGGAGAAUGGUGCCACAGCAAAGAUUGAUAGCCUACUGACAAUGGAUGGCGAUGUAGACGUCAGCCAGAGAAAGAACAAGGUCAUCACAUUGUUUGAUGUCAAGGUGCAGCUAGAAUACCAAGGUAAGACCAAGGACGAAGAGUCUGUUAGUGGUACCAUCACUAUCCCCGAGGUCGCCCACGACACGGAGGAAGAUGAGUACGUUUUCGAGAUCGAAAACCACGCCGAUUCGCCUUCUAAGCAGGCUGUGAAGGAUCUUGUCCGGUCCAAGCUUGUUCCUCAGCUCCGUCAGGAGUUGGCCAAGCUUGCUCCGGCUUUGAUCACUGAGCACGGAAAGGACCUCCAGCAUGCCCCUGGCGUCAACCCAUCCAGCGGCUUUGCUGCCGCCACAGUUCACCCACAGACCGUUAAGAAGGAGGAGGCUGCCCCUAAGACCACCACCACCACCACAGCCAAUAAGGUUGCUGUCAAUACCACCACUGUGAACGGAUCUGAUGAGUUCCGUACUACUGCUGAGGAACUUUACAACACCUUCACCGACCCGCAGCGUAUCGCGGCCUUCACCCGGGCAGCUCCUCGUCAGUUCGACGGCGCUCAGGUCGGUGGAAAGUUCUCCGUCUUCGAUGGCAAUGUCUCUGGAGAGUUCGUGAAGCUCGAGGCUCCCACCCUCAUCGUGCAGAAGUGGCGCCUGGCCCAGUGGCCCGAGGGUCACUUCAGCACACUUGAAAUCAAAUUUGACCAGAAUGAUGUCGACGGUGUCACCCAGAUGCGCGUGACCUGGACUGGCGUCCCCGUUGGCCAGGAAGAUGUCACCAAACAGAACUGGGACGUGUACUAUGUCCGCAGCAUCAAGCAAACUUUCGGUUUUGGCACUAUUCUCUAA